AUGACCAAUAUGAAGCAAUGGAAAAGGCUCAAAAAGAAUGGAAGAGAAAUUAAGAGAAAACAAUUUGGGGAAAUUCGAAACAAACCCCAAAUUGCACAACUUGAUUUUCAUUUGAUAAUUGAAGGGAGAAGGAGACAGAAAUUUAAGAAGAAAGAAAUUUGGGGAUUCUUGAACAAUUUGAAGAUUUUAGUGCAUCCAAGUGUUCUCAUUCAUGGAGUUCCAACCCAAUCCAAGGAGUGA